UGGGGGGAAGAGGGGUUGUCUGCCAUGAGUCACAUUUUGGGAUGUGUCCCUUGGUGAGCCUGCUGCAGUCUCACUUAUGUCAGGAGAGGGGUUUUGCCUUACAGCUCCCGGCCUUGUGCAGGGUGUGCCGUGUGCUCCUCUGUGCCGGUGUGCGGGUGCCCAGCAUGCGGGCAGGCAGCCCUGCCCAAUCCCAGAGCCAUCUGCCUGUCUUCCUGGCACCGAGACCCCGGCACUUCUCAGGCGAUCACUGCUCACAGUUGUGUUUUCCAGCUGGUCCCAAAGUCCUGAGUCACUCUGCCGUUUCCAUGGAAACAGCUUUGCUGGCGGGAAUCAGUUUUGGGGGUAGAGGGUGCCGGUAGCUGGACUGGCACCAGGCAGGUCUGCGGGAAAGACUGGCGGGGCACAGACACUCCUCCAGUGCAUCAUCCUUAUGCCAGGGUUUCUACCAAGGCUGGAGCAGGCACCUAUGUUACACAGACCCUCACACCUUCUUCCACUCCCUUUUCCCUUCCUCCCUGCCAUGGGGAAGCAGAGGUUUCCCUGGCAGUGGCAAGGGAGCUCAGGAUGAGCCCAGCCAGGCUGAGGGUACAACUUCUGGGGAGCUGUUGAGAGAGGGGGACAGCCUGGAAGGCAUCAAAAAGAGCAGGUUUUUUUGACUGCCCUGUGAGAGAGCCUUGGGGACAGUAAUGACAGUAUCAGUAACUGCAAGGGCUCCUGCCUAAAGCUGCCUGAGUUGCCUGAACACGGCCACGUCCAGGGAGCAAGGGAACCUGCAAGGAAGGCUUGGGGCAGGCGUCAGGGCAGCUGUCCUUGUGGAGAUGCUGUGAGAGCCCCCCACGAGGAUGAGAGUGCCACACUGCCGUGAGGCUCUGCCCUGCAUAACACCUGGCUGCUUUUGGAGGGGAGAAGACCUUUGAGUUGUACUGACCCCUGCAACUUCCCUGCAGACUUCCAGCCUGCCUGGCAGCACCUGAACUCAGCUGCCAGUGCAGCCUUCAGUGCCACGGCCUGGCUGCACGGCUCCAAAAGCAGGUCAUUCCCAUCAAACCUAGGAAGACCAUCCCCAAAACAGGAGCCCCCUGUCUGCUGCACAAUGGCUGGCCGGCCGCAUUCGCUGCUGCCCGCACCGGUGACUCACAGAUGCCAUUCAGCUUAAUUCAUCACCUCGAUCUCCCCAGCGCUCCUGGGCUGUCUUGCUGGCUUCUCGCCUGCCCAUCUCCCUCGGAGCAGUGCUGGGAGUCAGUGGAGGAGGAGGAGGAAGAGGAAGGCAGGUGAUUACGCGUCCGCUGCUGUUGGCAGGUGCACAGGGUGGGGGAGGUUGCACUGCCUGCGUCCAUCCUCUCCCUUCCUCCAGGCUCAAGGCUGCGGGAAGUGGAGCAGGGGAGAGGAAAGGCUCAGCACCUUCCUCUUCCCACAGACAAUGCUCCUGUCCCUGUGCCAGGCACUGGCUGGCCUCCUGCUGCACUUAGAGCUGGUUGCCGGAUGCUGUGUAUCCCUUGUGGACAGCCUGGUCCCAAUGCAACUGCAGGCAGCUGGACAGAAAUGCAGGCAAGGCAGCAGAGUGCAGUCUGGCAUGCUGUGACCACAAGGGGGUUUGGGUUGGGAAAGGGGCAGUGGUGGCCCCAGCACAGUGCUAAAAGAGCCCAAAAGGGGCCUUCUGGCAGGCCCCUUGCAGCACCAGCAGUGCCAGGGACUGGAAGGUGUGAGCGAGGUACCCCCACCCCGUGCUCCAUCUCAUAGUCCCAGCUGCUUGGAGGGACACCCUGAUCUCAGCUCCCACCCUUGGGCUCCAUUUGCUCAUCCUCUUUGGUGGAGCUGAGCUGGAGACAGAGCAGAGGGUGAUUUCGACUGAGAACACUUCUAGCACAGAAACAUCUACGAGGCCAGCGUUUCGGAUGACUCCCAUGGUCUGGGGCUGAGGAGCCAAAACCAUCCAUGCCUCACACGGGACUCUCAGAUGCAGCCCCACGUGGGCACGGCCCUCUCUCAGGCUGCUGUCCGUACUGAAGGCCCUGGGUAUCAGAGCCUGAAGAGGAACAGGCUGAUUUCAGAACAAGGUUCCUCGGGGCAGGAAUGGGAGUGCGAGCGGCUGUCCUGCUGUGCCUGUGUGCAUCCUGCAACAUCCUCCUGGGGCAUGUUGUCUGCAGCCACUGCUCAGCCUGCCCGCCCCGAGCCGUGUGGAGCCAGGACAGCUCCUCCUUGGCAGGUGUUUGCACCAGCCUGGCUCUGUCUGACAGAUGAACAAGAGGCAGUGGGAGUAAAAGUGAUCCUCAGUUGUUCUGGCAGCUCCCAGGUGUCAUGUGCUUCUGCUGCCCCGGGAGCUCCUCCAGAGCACCCAGCUGCCAGUUGCCACUGUUCCUGGAGCCCAGGGCCGGAUUGAGCAGGAGCUGCAGCCCCUCAGGGACAAGCAGUGAUGGGAGGAGGCAGGAGAGCCAGCCGGGAGGUGAGAGUAGGCUCUGGCUGGCUUUAAAGGCCACAGAUGAGACAUCAGGGAGGGAGGCCUUCUCCCAAAACCUUCCCCUCCCUGGCUGCAGCUCAGCAGAUGGGCAGGGCACACACCAAGGGUGUCAAGGCGCAGCCAAGGCUGUGGUUUAGCACUUGCUCAGUCAAGGAGGUGAAUCAACACCCCGUUUUUCCCCUCCGCCACUUGGGACAUUGCAAAGGGGAAUGGGUUAGUGUGGGUGGAGAACCUGAAAUGCUCACAGCCAGUGAGUGAUCUGGUGGGAAUUGGGACCAAGAAGGCAUCUGGUCUCUGGUUUGCCUUUUUUGGGGAGCCGGCCGCAGGUUUCUGCUACAACCAGGACAAUCUGAGUCACAUCUGCUCCAGCAUCCAUCAGCAAUGAAGCAAAGAGUAGGAGUUGAGGUUGUGUGAGGGAUGCAGUGUGGUUGGCCAUCACUAGAGAGCAGGAAAGCAUUCCCACUGCAGCAUGCAGUAGACACCUGGGCCAGGGGAUGCCAGCAGGAACUCUCCUGCCCUGUUCUGCCUUAGCAGACCAGGAAAAACACUUUAUCCAAGGGAUGGAAUAUCCAAUGUGGACACUGAGUCUGGGUUUCCCCUUUGCAGGGUGGGUAACCCCAAUCCAGCAGCAGCAAUAACCAAGCAUCUGCGACUUCGGUCCUCCAGCCAUGUGCCACAGUCCUGGGCAGGCAGCAGUCCAGGUGAAAGCAACCUGUAUUCAAAGCAUCAUUUUGGGUCUAAAGCACAGCUCUUAGUGCACAGAUACAGGAAGCGCUGGCAGGGGGUUGCCUGCAGCAGCUGUGCCAGACCCCCUGUCCUGGGAUCCUGCUCUAAACCCCUGCUCCCAGUGAGAGGUCUCUGCAGUUGAUAGUUCCUGAAGCUUCCUGCCUUCACAAAUCAGCUGGAGCAGUUAGUAAAUAAUAAAGAUAUUAAUUAAAAACAAGCUGGUUUUUACUCACCUGCAGGUCUGAGCUGCCCUCCUGGUGUCACUUGCUGGGUGACAGGGUCUCCCUGGGGAGUGGAACACAUUGAGGAUAUGGGAACAACACACCAUGCCAGCUGCUAUGGGCUCUGCCGGGACCACACACCAGGAGCAUUGCACUGUCCCAAGCCCAUCAGGGAUUUCAGUGUGCUCUGGGUUACAGCGGCUCUCACAUGCUGAAAUCCAUUGCUGGCCCACUGGUCUUCCUUGGAGACCUCGUCCAAGCAACAACAGCAGUGGCUCUGACAGUCCCACCCACAGUGACCAUGUGCUGGGGCUGAGCAGGGGACCAGGCACUCACCAUGAGCUUGGGGCCAGCACGUUGUUCUCCCUGGGGACCCACAGAGAGCAGGGAAGAGGAAGCAAUGGCAGUGAUGAUACAUUGGGCUCUGCGGGAUGAGGAGCAGAGGUACUUGGGUCUGUCCCCUUGGUUUGCCUGAGGUGGAUGGGCAGGUGAAUGUACCACACUACGGGAGGGGAGACAUGGAAGGAAGAUGGGCAAGGGAAAGUGGGUGCAGGGGAGCUUCAAAACCAUUGCUAAUACUGGUGUGUCUCCCACACACAGGUGGUUUAGCUUGUUUGGAGUUUCUGGAAUGCAUCUUCUUUGUGCUGCCUCCCAGCCCCACCAACCCCCUGGGAGCAGUAGUAUGUGGAUGUGAAAUACCUGUGCUUUGGAGAGCAGCUGGCAGUUGUUGCAGACACCAAGACGACCUGCGAAGAAGCUCCAUGAAGGUGACCAGCCAUGCAAUGUUCCUGGAAGGCUGUACUCCUCCUAGCCUUGGCAUCCAUCGCAAUCCAGUACACAGCAAUCCGGACCUUCACUGCCAAGUCCUUCCACAGCUGCCCCAUCCCUAAUCCUGUGAACUGCAGCCUGAGCCAGGACACUGAUGUGGUCGACAGGCUGUGCGAUGAGAAUCCCACUUUCCCGUACAACCUCUCCAGGAAGACGCACGUUCUCAUCCUCGCCACCACCCGCAGCGGCUCCUCAUUUGUUGGGCAGCUGUUCAACCAGCACUUCGAUGUCUUCUAUUUAUUUGAGCCCCUCUACCAUGUCCAGUACACCCUGAUCCCAAAGCUGACCCAGAGCAAGACUACGACAGACAGGCGGGUCAUGCUGGGGGCCAGCCGAGACCUGCUGAGGAGCCUGUAUGACUGCGACCUCUACUUCCUGGAGAACUACAUCAAGCCCCAGCCUGUCAACCACACCACUGACCGCCUCUUCCGCAGGGGAGCCAGCAAGGCCCUGUGCUCGCCACCUGUAUGUGAGUCCCUGGGAGCUGUGGAUCUCCACUUGGAGGAAGGAGACUGCGUGAAGAAAUGUGGGAGCUUGAACCUGACGCUGGCCACUGAGUCCUGCAGAGAGCACGGCCAUGUGGCCAUCAAAACCGUACGGGUGCCCGAGGUCAGUGACCUCCGGGCCCUGGUGGAGGACCCGCGGCUAAACUUGAAGGUCAUCCAGCUGGUGAGGGACCCCCGGGGGAUCCUGGCAUCCCGGAGUGAGACCUUCCGAGAUACCUACAGGCUGUGGAGGAUCUGGGAUGGCACUGGCAGGAAGCCGUACAACCUGGAUGUGACCCAGCUCACCACAGUGUGCGAGGACUUCUGGAACUCUGUGUCCACCGGCCUCAACCGGCCGCCGUGGCUCAAGGGCAAGUACAUGCUGGUGCGGUACGAAGACCUGGCCAGGAACCCCAUGAAAAAGACUGAGGAGAUCUACGAUUUCCUGGGCAUCCCCAUGGACAGCAACGUCGAACGCUGGAUACAGAACAACACCCGAGGAGACAGGUCCUCCUCCAAACACAAGUAUGGGACGGUGCGCAACUCUGCAGCGACGGCGGAGAAGUGGCGCUUCCGUCUGUCCUACGAGAUUGUGGCGUUCACCCAGCACGCCUGCCAGCAGGUGCUGGCGCAGCUCGGCUACAAAACUGCUGGCUCCGAGGAGGAGCUGAAGAACCUCUCCAUCAGCCUGGUGGAGGACAGAGACUUCCUGCCCUUCUCCUAAAGCAACCCCAACGAGCCUGGUUUUGAUGCGGACUGUUUCUAACUGAUGCCUUAUUUUAUUUUCUUUCAUUUUGUUUCCCCCCUCUCUCUCUCUCGUCUUUUUCUCUCCAAAAUUUGCACUAAACCUUGAGCAGGAAUCUCAAUGGCCGAGUCCAGGGGAAGUGACUGCUGCCCCUCAAUACAUUUUGGAUGCCAGGAGGAGUUGGGCCUCCCAAGCAAGAGCUAGAACUCUGGAUGGGUAACAAUGUUUACAAACCACACAAAAUGUAUAAAGCAACCUUCAAGCUUUCCAAACCGAAGGGUAUCUGGGGUACUGUACUUUUGCACUGUUUACUUUUACAAUGUAAGAGGUAAAUAUAAAUAUAAUUUAUGAAUGGUGUCAUCCCUUCCAGAAUAACUCCCUCUGCCCCCAAUGAGCAGGUUAGACUGGAAGCUGAAAGUGGAACAACCUCUUCGUUUUUGAUCUCAGUGUGACAUGUCUGUCUGUUUAAGUCCUGUUAUUGGGCUGGGCAGUUGGUCAGCUGCUCCUACAUGGUUGUUUGGUAACACCUGUGAUAGUUCUUUGUGCCAAAAACCCACAAAAGAAAAAAAAAAAGGGAAAAAAGUGAUUGGGUGGUUUGGUAAAAGCCCAACACAUUUAAUGCUUUAUUUCUGUGUUUUCUGUAAAUAAAAGUGCAAUAAAACUGACCUGGGGGUGAACUUCA